UGCUCUUGGAAAGAGAACCCCAACAAAUACACCCGAACCCCAGUCUGUGGAUGUGCGCACCAUCCGGAGGUGCAAUCCAGGGGCGCCCCCCAAUCCCAGCAGCGUGCCCUCCGGCUUGAGGAAGUUGGGGUUCAUCCCGCCCACGCCCACCAACGGCGGCGACCCUGCCCGCUGUCCCUGCCCACGCAGCGACAAUGCCUCGGUGAUGGUACCCCCCUUUUCUUCCCAGGCUAGGGUGCCGCCGCCCCCCGCGACUCUGCGUCCUUUGUUGCCCGCGCGCCCCCAUCGCGCGCGCGUCCCCAGAGCUGCGCCUACCUUGGAGCUCCAGCAAGCCACCAGGACCCGACACCCCUUCGCCUCUUCUCGGUCCGCGCGCCCCGGAAACGAGGAUGCUGCGCCGGUCCUCGCACGCCGCUCCCCUAACCCGGUCUCUGCGCUCCGAGUCCGGGCCUCCUCGCACACGAUCUACAGCCAGAAGGGGACAGAGGGAGGGGCCGAUCCAGUAAGCCCGGCUUCUUCAGCCUGCGCGCCCCGAGGCGGAGCCGAGCCGAGUCGAGCCGAGCGGAGCCGAGCCGAGCCAGGAGGAAGCCGAGUGGAGCGGAGCCCAGCCGAACGGGGCGGAGGCGAGAGGAGCCGAGCGGAGCGGAGCCGAGCCCCGUGGAGCCCUGCCAAGGCGAGCCGAGCCCAGCCGAGAGAAGCCGAGCGCCAGGAAAGCGCAGCGGCCGGAGAGCGAACAAAAGGGGCCGGCGUACGUACGGGCAGGCGCAGGAAGGUGACUGGUUCCUUCAGCUCCGUGACAUUGUAGUUGAAAAUGAUGAUUCAAAGGCCUCUCCAUCUGGCAAAUCAGAAAUGCUUCGUAUUUUACAUUAUGGUUAGUAUUUUGACUAACUUUUCUACAUACAAGUUUCUUGACAGUCCUUCAUAAUUGCAUUAUAGAAGCAACUAUGUCAUAAAUAGUUAGCUUGACAUUUAGCUGAAGUAUUCAUAUUUUGUUUAAUUUCACAAUGAAUCGCCCCAGAAUGGAAAGACUUACAGAUAAGUUUGAAAAAUACUGGAAUUAGAUUCUCAGGUUCUAUUAAAUUGUUAUGUAUAGCUUGCUUUAAAAAAAAAAAAAAAAGGCCUGGACGAAACAUUGUGGAUACAGCAAAUCAUUAACCCUGUGUGCUCCAGCUACGGUGGGCCCAGGGGGCGGGGAGUGGGAAAUCCAUGGGAGUUUUCUGUUACUAAACCACUCCGGCUCCUCCUGGAAAUAGGCAUUAAAGAAACUUAAAAAUCCAAACGCCACUGUGUGGAGAUUCUGAUUUGAAUGAGGAUGGUAGCCUCUGCCCAUUGGAUCUGAGGUAGCCUAGCCUUACAGCUGAGCCCUCGCAUCGAGGUGGGCGUGGUGUCGCCAUGGAGACGCCUGCUGAGCUGGCCACCACCCGGCUGCUUCCAGACACGUGGACUUGGCUGGUUCCGGAUUCUUCCUGCCUUGGAGGAAGCCGAACAUCUAUGCCUCUGGUUGGUACCGCUGUGGAGGAAGGGAAGCUGACAUCUUGAGCAGGAGGCGGGGCUCUGCUACCCGGGGACCGGAGCUGGGCUUCUGAGGUCCUGGGAGUUUUUCCUUUGCAGCCUUCCGGAUUUCCUGAGAGGCCUCCCUCUGUAAAUAAAACUGCAUAGAUUGAGCU